UCCUCGCUGCUGCUGGUGAACACAGGUUUUCUUUCUUUAGUUUUGUUUAGUUUUUAGGCGAGUGAGUGAGGCAGUGUAAGGGAGCAUGUCAGGAGGGGAUGGCAGGAGUCCGGGGGCAACCACACAGACGGGGGGGCCCUCAUCUCCCGCCCCUGCCACCAACCAACAGGGCAAAGUUGUCUGUUGUAUGACGACUAAAGCAGAAAAACCGACGCUCCAGGGGCAGCGAAUCAAGACUCGGAAGAGAGAUGAGAAAGCCAAAUACGACCCUGUGGGGUUUCGUGAUGCCAUUUUGCUGGGUCUCUCAGAAGCAGGCACAGAUCUAGAAGCUGUUAACAAAUAUUUGGACCAGGCGGGCUCUAAGCUCAAGUACCGAACCUACGGCGAAACUCUCUUUGAUAUCCUUAUAGCUGGCGGCAUCCUCACCCCGGGUGGUGGCAUCUCCGAGGAUGGCAUCGACAGCGGGCCGGUUCGCACUGACAUGUGCAUCUUUGGUUCGCCGGAUGACAGCUACGAGACCCUGCGCGGGUACGCCACCGUGUUCACCCGGCUGAUGCGGCGCUACAAGUACCUCGAGAAGAUGUUCUACGAAGAAAUGAAGAAGGUGUUGGUUUACCUGAAGGGUUUCCGUGAAGGUGACCGCGUGAGGCUGGCCCGCUGCGUUGCCAUGUGGACCAGUGACUCCCUGCUGGACCCCAAGGUGCUGGCCACACUGCUCCAGGACCAUCUUGUCAAGGAUGGACUCGCCGCGGACUUCCUGUGCGAGGUCUUGCUGACUGCCAAGAACCUGCGCGACAUCAACACGGUUCGGUCGCUGCUGCGUAAGGCUGGCAUGGACUCGCGUCUAAUGGAGCUGCUUCAGGCCAACAAGCGCACGGACGAGAAUUUCAAGAACCUAUUCCAGCAGAAGGGCCUGGCGGAGAUUUUGGGCAUUCACAGGAACCUGGAGAAGGAGACAAGCCUGAAGGAGCUGCAGAUUUACCUAACGCAGCAGGUUAACGAGGGGGCCAGCGUGCGCGACAUCACGGUUGGGGUGCAGGAGAUCGCCAAGAAGAACAACAUUCAGGAACCCCAGAUUGUGUCCUCGAUCUGGAGCAGCGUGAUGGAGGCCGUGGAGUGGAACAAGAAGGAGGAGCUCGUAGCAGACCAGGCCCUCAAGCACCUGCGAGUGUAUGCGCCACUCUUUGCCGCCAAUACCCAGAGUGAUCGCGCCGAGCUGACCCUGCUGGUGAAGGUGCAAGAGUUCUGCUAUGACAAUAUGAACUUCAUGAAGGUGUUCCAGAAGAUUGUGGUCCUCUUCUAUAGAUCGGAGGUUCUGUCGGAGGAGGUCAUUCUGAAGUGGUACAAGGACGGUCACGCUACAAAGGGCAAGUCCAUCUUCCUCGACCAGCUCAAGAAGUUUGUCGAGUGGCUCAACAAUGCCGAGGAGGAGUCCGAGGAAUCAGAAGAGGAGGAGGAGGAUUAGACCCCCCUGCCUAUACCACUCAGGAUUUGUGCACAGUCCUCACAGCCUCCCUGCGACUUCUACUACUACCACUACAACUAUACUACUACUACUACUACUACUACAACUACCACUAAGACUACUACUGCUACAACUACUACUACAACUACUACAACAAAUGCUGCUGCUAACACUGCUGCUGCCACUCGAUCUGCAUUAUAAGCCCGAUAUUGAGGCCCCGACCAUACCCUUUCUCUCUAUCUAUCUAUCUAUCUCUCGCUCUUUGCUUAACAUACAUAUCGUUAAUUAUAUUUCUACAUCACUUUAUUGUUUUGUUUAUCGUUUAUCUUUUUUUUUUCCUUACCUUUUUUUUUCUUUAUCAUAUUUUUACACACACACAUGUACGCGCACACACACGCACAUACACGCAUACACAUUUCCUAACAUAUGUAGUUGGUUGCAUAAGUAGUUACUAUUCUUCUUCUUCUUCUUCUUCUUCUUCUUCUUAUUAUUAUUAUUAUUAUUAUUAUUAUUAUUAUUAUUAUUAUUAUUAUUAUUAUUAUUUUAUUAUUGAAGGGAGGCAAAAGUGGUUUAAUUGUCUUAUAAGAUUUUGCUUGUUGCACCAGAUAUACUUUCUCUCUCUCUCUCUCUCUCUAUCUCUCUAUCUCAUGAAUAUAUAUUGCUUUCCACAAACUAUUUUGGCAUUUUCUAAAACGUAUGACAGUGUGUGUACGUGUGUAUGUACGUGUAUGUUUCUGCAUGAAUUUUUGCUUCAUUUCUUACUCCUGCUUGUAUGUACAGAUGUAUGUAUACCGUAUGUGCGUAUGUGUACAAUGUGCGUGUGUCUGUGUGUGUUUGUAUGUUUGUUUACAACCCCAAAACAGGCCAUUGAAAGUAAGAUUACCGUAAGAAUUGUAACAAACGUAAGCUUUUUAUUUUCCUUUUUUCAUUGUGAUAAGUCGUGUGUAUUGUGAGUCCUGCGCUUGAAAGGAAAAAUAGAAAAUAACUUGAAAAUAAACAGAGUAAGAUACACUUGUUAAUUUCAAUAGACAAGUUGUUAUGGAGGAACAACUUGCAAUGCCAUAUUUUUUAAGUCUUAACAAACUCAUCUUUUCUGUUUUGUCUUUGUGGUAAAAAUCUCAUGUCUUGUGAGUCCUGCACUUGAGAGGAAAGAAAGAAAAUAACUUGAAAAUAAACAGACUAAGAUACAUUUGUUAAUUUCAAUAGACAAGUUGUUAUGGAGGAACAACUUGCAAUGUCAUUUUUUUAAGUACGUAACAAAUGCAAUCGUCUUUUUCUUUCGGGUAAAAAUCUUGUGUCCUGUGAGUCCUGCGCUUGAAAGAGAGAAAUAGAAAACAACUUGGAAAUAAACAGUACAGUAAGAUACACUUGUUAAUUUCAAUAGGCAAGUUGUUAUAGAAGAGGAACUUGCAAUGCCUUUUCUUUAAGUAUUGCAUCACUUUGCAGAAUAAUGGAAAUAAGGAAAGUAGGAACACUCACCAUAGGCUUAAAGAACAGCAAAGUACCCGCUUGAAAAGUAACAAGGAAAUAGAAAACACAUAGAAAACGAGGUGUCUACUAUAUGUCAACCUAUACAUACCAUACAUACUUUUGCACUACCAUACAGUUAACAGCAAGAUCAAAGAGUAUACUAAGAGAUACCAUACCAUACAUACCUUUGUUUAAUUACUGUAUACACUAAAUUAUACAUACCAUACAGCCAUACAUAUCCUCAACUCUUACAGUAUACAUGAAACAGGAAGGUCAAAAAGAGAUACCAUACCAUACAUAGUCUAUACAUACCCAUACAUACCUUUGCAUUAACUAUUAUACAUGAAACUAUACAUAACAUACAAUCAUACAUGUCCUCAACUCUUACAGUAUACAUGAAACACCAAGGUCAAGAAGAGAUACCAUACCAUACAUACCUUUGCUUAAAUUAUUAUACAUGAAACUAUACAUAACACAAUCAUACAUAUCUUCAACUCCUACAGUAUACAUGAAACAGCAAGAUUAAGAAGAGAGAUGCCAUACCAUACAUAGUCUACAUACCCAUACAUACCAUUUCCUUAACUAUCCCAAGACUAGUUGAAGAGAUGGUAUACAUGAUCAUACAUACACUUGCUUAGUACUAUACAUAUAUACAUUUAAAGCAAGACCAGGAAAAUGGAUAGUUGGCAUACCAUUCACAGCCUCCACACUUUUGCUUAACUGUCACAAGUCUAGGAAAAUAAGUUGGUGUGCUAUACAUAUAUACAACCAUAUGUAUACUUGCUUAAACAACCACAAAAAACAAGCAACCAGGAAAUGGAUAGUUGGCAUACCAUUCACAGCCUCCACACUUGCUUAACUAUCACAAGUCUAGGAAAAUAAGUUGGUGUGCUAUACAUAUAUACAACCAUACAUAUACUUCCUUAAACAACCACAAAGAACCAUCAAGCAAACCAGGAAAAUUAAAAGUUGGCGUACCAUUCACAACCUCUCUGCUGUACGCACCAUUGCUUAACUAUCACAAGACUAAAGGAAAUGAGUUGGUGUUCUUUACAUAUACAAGCAAAUACAACCAUACAUAUUGCUUAACCACAAAAUAACCAACAAGCAACCAGGACAGUGAACAGUUGGCAUACCAUUCACAACCUCUACGCUAUACGCACGAAGACAAUGAGUAGGCAUUGUAUACAUAAGCUAAUACAACCAUACAUUCUUGCUUUAACCACAAAAACCACCAAGCAACCAGGACAGUGAACAGUUUGCAUACCAUUCACAACCUCUACGCUAUACGCACUAAGACAAUGAGUUGGCAUUCUAUACAUAAGCUAAUACAACCAUACAUUCUUGCUUAACCACAAAAUAACCACCAAGCAACCAGGAAAAUGUACAGUUGGCAUACACACAGCCUCCACACAGACCCUAGCCACACAGACACACACCCCUUCACUCCAGGCUGUUUGAGGAAGCCCCAUGUAAUAGAGUUUCUUUUCACUUUUUUACCUUGGAAGAAAACUGGGUGUGGGUGUGGGGGGCCUCCCGCCGAGGUGACCAACCCGUCUCCCUUUUGUAAUCCUUGAGUACUAGUUGUGGGAACAUCUUUUUGGUAAAUAAAAAUUGUCUUGAA